UGACCAAAGAUUGACCUUUUAGGCGCAACACGAUGUUGUGAUGUGGCAGUGAAGUCCACAAAUUUCCCCAUAUUUUCCUUCAACUAACGCCGUUACAGACAUGAGUGUGGGAUUUAUAGGAGCAGGCCGACUGGCCAUGGCCAUGGCGAAGGGAUUCAUACGAGCCGGAGCUGUGCCUGCUGAAAACAUCUUUGCCUCUGCCCCUGACAACCUGGUCGGAAGAGCAGAGUUAAGAAACAUCAAGGAGCUUGGCAUACAAGUGACCCACAGUAACACAGCGCUAGUGUCGCAGUCGGACGUCGUGUUCCUGGCGAUCAAAGCAAAUGUGGUGAAAAACGUGCUGGAGGAGAUCGCGCCGUUUGUCACCAAUCGACAUCUCUUUGUGACUCCCAUGGCUGGCGUCACCAUAAAAUCAGUUGAACAGUCCUUACCCCCUGAAACAAGAGUGAUCCGGAUGAUGCCCAACACCCCCCUGGUGGUGGGGGAGGGGGCGACGGUGUACGCCCGUGGGGAGCACGCCACGAAGCAUGACGGCGAGACAGUUGAGGUUCUUUUGUCCAAUGUCGGCUGGUGUUUCGAGGGGAAAGAAGAUUACAUGGACGCCGUGACUGGCUUGAGUGGGAGCGGACCUGCAUAUGUGUUCCUGUCCAUCGAUGCCCUGGCCACAGGUGGGGUGAAGAUGGGACUAUCCAGACAGGAGUCACUCAGGAUCGCUGCAGAAACCAUUCAGAAUGCUGCCAAGCGAGUUCUGGAGACUGGUGCCCACCCCAGCAUGCUGAAGGAUGAGGUCUGCUCCAACAACAUUCUCGGCCAAUCAGCACUCUCAGCCAUUCACAAGAUGGAGAAAGGAGGUUUUCGUGCACUUCUCAUGGAUGCAGUGGAGGCUGGAGAGGACCGUACCAAGGAGCUGAGGAGAAUGGGGGAGGUCAAGAACCAUGUGGAGGACUAAAGAACAGGGCUGUUCCAAAUGUCUUCCAAGGGUGUGCUUGCGAGGAAAUCUACCACCCAACAGAAUGUCUUGCAAAUGAGGUCUACCCUUUUUCUUGGCAAAAUAUUUGGUAUGACCUGCAUAUUUUAAUUGCAUGAAGGAAGAUAUUUACAAAAUAUCAGACAAUGGUUUUGAAGAUGACAACAAAACAAAUUCCCAGUUUCUACACUGUAUAAGAUUACUAGUCUUGAGAGGCAAAACCUUUAUUGUACAUGUCAAAACACCUUUCCUUCAAAAUGUUUUUUUCAGUUUAAAAUAAGCCUUUAGAGAAGGUGGACGUUUUAUUGUAUGUCUACAAAAAUUUCCAGGUACUACAUAGCAUUAACUACAGGUCUCAUGAACUAAAACCUUUAGUUACUGCCUUGAAACACCUUUUCAUCAAACUUGCUAUUUUGAGUAUAGAAGAAGCCUUUAGAGCCUAUUAAUUAGAGGAGCUGGAUAUUUUACAGUAUCUCUACUAAUGUUCUAUUGGAAUUAUUUGAUAUUUUAGAUGUAGUUUUGGUGAGGCAGCAAUGUAUAUGUCCAACAAAAAAGGAUAACUUUGCAUUUCACUAACUCAAACUUCUUACUAAUUUUUUAUAUAGGUUUUAUUUUUUGGGGAGAAAGUCCAAUAAGAAUGUUCAUUUUUUGUUUUUGUCUCAUACAUGUACUACAAACUUUAAAUGUGUAAAUUACAAAUUACUGAUAUAAUUUCAUGCCUGUCAUGUUUGAUUUUGGCUUUGACCUCCCUUCCAGCUGAAGUAGCCUUUCAUACACAGUGAUGCCUUGGUUACAAAGUUAGGUAUCAGGGAGAAGGUUAAAUGGUUGAAAGCAUCUGUGUUGUUGUGGUUUGCAGUUCUGCCUAACUCCAUAACUGAAUACAAAUUUGUGGAAAAUGGUAACCUUUGCAAGCUGAAGGUUAAACUUCAGUUAAAUUAAUUAUUAAUUACAAUGUUAAACUUCAACAAAGAUCAGAGUUUUUAUUGUUUUUUUGUUUUGUCUGUAACUUCUCCCACAAUUGUAAGUUAGGUUCCUGGAGAUUUUGAAUGUUAUUGUAUAUUACUCUGUUCUUGUAUCAUUUUAUUUAUAGUUCUUUUGGGGGCACAUGUACUGGUGAGAAACUUUAGCCUUAACAUCUCUUACAAUGUAAUAUGUAGUGAUAGCACUGAAACGUUCUAACUGCAACUUACAAUCAUUGUGUUUGGACAUAAAGCAUGAAGGUAUUGCAAUGUUUGAUAAUGCUAGUAUGAGACCUUGCAUUUAAUAUGUUCAUGUUUCCAACCGCACAUGCAUUGAGAUACAUUGUCCGUGGGUAAUAAGUGAAUGGAAAAGGACCCUAACUUGUAAACAGUUCUUGUUUAGAAUUGAUACAUGCUUGAUACAUGUCCAGAUGGGCUUUGUUUACGUUCCAGAGACUCUGAUGUAUUACCCAAAAUGUAUCUCAAAGUGCAUGCAGAAGUAAUAUAUGAACAGACAUAUACCUUUGUACUGAUGCGUUUGUGAAGAUUAGACAUCCAGGUAUCGUUAAAAUUGAAGAAGAAUCACUCUUUACUUCUGGAUACUUUAAAAAUUUUAAUAGACGUUUCGAAAGGCAUCCACCUUCCUUCCUCAGUGAAAACUUAUACUGAUGAAACUGUAUAUACAAUACUUGAUAAAUCAUGACAGCAAAACAUGUGUACUUACUGUAAGAAAUGUGAAAAUGUACAUUCAAUAAACUUUCAUGAUUUUAAA